UAUGGCCUGGAAUCCAAUACCGUAAGCUGCGUCUCGAACUCUCGUUCCUGUUUCUAGUCUUUAUAGCUACUCCAAGACUCCUAGCCCGACACGACCACAAUGAAUCACCCGUUCUUCAACCUAUCAAUGGAGCGGCCGAGUGCCCAGCUCUGCUCGUUUCCACGGCACACGACAGCGCUGACGCAAUCGCGGCAAGCCAGGAGCGAACUGGCCAAUCAACUUGCUACUCAUACUCACCGAUUGACCAACUAAACCUGUACUGUGUUCUGUAUAAUAAACUCGCUCAUUUCAGUGCAGAUCGAACGAUCAGGUGAGGGAGGCAUAAGCUAGAGGUGCAAGACCGCGAUGGCAGGAGGUGGAGGUGGAGGAGGAGGAGGCGAGCUGCAGCUUCUGGGGACGUGGUCGAGCCCGUGGGUGAUCAGGGUGAGAGUGGCGCUGGAGACGAAGGGGCUGAGCUACGAUUACGUCGAGGAGGACCUCUCCAGAAAGAGCGACCUCCUGCUGAAGUCCAACCCGCUGCACAAGAAGGUCCCCGUCCUCAUCCAUGGCGGCCAGCCGGUGUGCGAGUCGCUCGUCAUCCUGGAGUACGUCGACGAGGCCUGGGCUGGGGCCGGGCCUCCCCUGCUUCCGGCCGAUCCCUACGACCGCGCCGCCGCACGUUUCUGGGCCAGCUACGUCAACGACACGUUUUUCCCGUCGUGGAAAGCGCUGUUCAGGUCGACGACGACGGACCAGAGAGCCGAGGCGUUCAAGAACGUCGUCCCUCAGGUGGAGACGCUGGAGCGAGCGUUCAGGGAGUGCUCCAAGGGGAAGGCCUUCUUCGCCGGCGACGCCGCGGGGCUCGUCGACGUCGCGCUUGGGAGCCAUCUAGUGUGGAUCAAGGUGGUGGACGAGGUGGCCGGCACCAACCUGUUCGACGAGGCCAAGUUCCCGGGCUUGGCAGCGUGGGCGGAGCGGUUCUUGAGCUUGGACGCUGUCAAGAAGGCGGCGCCCGACGCCGGCGAGGUUCUGAAGCAGUACGAGGGGUUCCUGGCCAAAUGGAAUGAAGGCGCUGCUACGCCGCAGAAGAUUCUCAACAACGACCUGCGUAUCCACAUCUCGGCAAUGGCGGGGUUGGGAGCAGGGGGAGCGGCGGAGCUGCGGCUGCUGGAGGAGCGGGUGAGCCCGUACUGCAUCCGGGUGAAGCACGCGAUGGCGGUGAAGGGGGUGACGGGGUACGAGUGCGUGGAGGAGGACCUGGAGCACAAGAGCGAGCUGCUGCUCGCCUCCAACCCGGUGCACAAGAAGGUGCCGGUGCUCAUCCACAACGGCGCGCCGGUGUGCGAGUCGCUCGUCAUCGUGCAGUACGUGGACGAGGUCUGGGCCGGCGCCGGCCCGGCGCUGCUGCCCUCCGAUCCCUACGAGCGCUCCAGGGCUCGCUUCUGGGCUUCCUACAUCGACGACAAGUUCUUCUCAUCGUAUUUGCCGUUCUUCACGGCGACGACGGAGGAAGCGAGGGCAGAGAAGUUCAAGGACGUGAUCCCUCAGGUGGAGACGCUCGAAGAGGCCUUCGAGGAGUGCUCCAAGGGGAAGCACUUCUUCGGCGGCGACCGCAUCGGCUUCGUCGACGUCGCGCUCGGCGGCUACCUGAGGUUGUUCAAGGCGCUCGACGAGGUGGCCGGCACCCGCCUGCUCGACGCGGCCAAGUUCCCGCGCCUCGCCGCGUGGGCGGAGCAUUACGAGGCCGUGGACGCCAUCCGCGGCGCGUCGCCCGCCGUGGCGGACGUCGUGGCGUUCUACAAGAAGAUGCAGGCCGCUGCGUCGCACUGAAUAUAUGCAUCUUUAUCCCAUAGCUACACGGCACGCGCGUACAACCAGAUGCAGGGCACUUUUGCAGUUUAUGUAUUAAUUGUUUCAGAAAUUUUUGUUUUGCUAGUCUCAAUAACAGCGUUUGUGAAAUGUUUGUAGAAUUUUUUUUUAUCUGUAUUCUUUUCCUUUGAAUAAAUCACUUUGCUACGAUUAGAUAAUGGUUGUCACUGCAAUUCACCGUGUCAGUGUCCGUCUCCGUCUCCGUCUCCGACUCACGUACAGCCGGACAAGAGCUACCGAUCCGGAAUUCCGUACCCUCGCGGAUAUACC